UAGGAAAAGGUUAAUAUUUAGGGAGGUAAGAUGGGUUAGGGAUGAGGUGGGUGAUGGGGAGGAUAGCGUGGAUGGGGAGGGGUGGGGUCUGGUGGAGGUGGUGGGCGGGACUCUGGUAGGGGUGGGCGGGGUUUGGUAGGGUUGAGUGGCAGACCGCAGGCCCGCAAGACGACCACGCUCAGUCACCGCCCGCCGCAGUGGAUGUGUGCUGUGGCUGCGGAGUGGUAAAUGGACUGAUUCAAUACAAUUCGUGCUCGAAAAUUCUUGAACUGCAAACUUAUAACUAUGUGAAGGAGGCCAAUUACUAAUAUACAUUCAAAAACUACAAGAAAAAAAAUAUACAAGUGAUUUGACGAACGAUAUUUCUAGUGAACAAAAACAACAUGGUUUUUUAAAGUCUCUCUCUCUCUCUCUCUCUCUCUCUCUCUCUCUCUCUCUCUCUCUCUCUCUCUCUCUCUCUCUCUCUCUCUCUCUCUCUCUCUCUCUCUCUUCUUUACUUCACCCUCCUCCUCUUCCUCCUCCUCCUCCUUUUCCUCCUCCUCCUCUUCCUAAUCCCUUUACUAGUUUCCCCUCUUCCUCUUCCCCUUCCUUCUUCCCUAAUCCCUACCAUUCACUCAUCACCCUUCCCCAUCCCACCACCCCAUCACCCCCACCAUUACCCAUUCCUACCAUGUUUUCCGACGUCGCCAUGGGGGAAGUGAUGGGCGUGGGGGGCGGCAUGGGCGGGGCUGAGCGGUCGUGGGCGGACAUGUUGGGGGGGCUCAUGAUGGGGGGGGAGCCUGCUGGUGAUUUGGUAAGGACUGGUGCCCCUAAUAUCAUCUGCACUGUUCUUCCCCCCCACUGGCGCUCCAACAAGACGCUCCCCAGCGCGUUCAAAGUGGUGUACCUGGGCCCGGUGCAGGACGGUACAGUGGUGACGGUACGCGCAGGUAACGACGAGAACUGCUGCGCUGAGCUUCGUAACAACUCAGCGAUCAUCAAGGACCAGGUGGCGAAAUUUAACGACCUGCGCUUCGUCGGCAGGUCAGGCAGAGGUAAAAGCUUCCUCCUGACCAUCACCAUCAGCACCUCCCCCCCUCAAGUAGCGACCCACAACAAGGCGAUCAAGGUGACGGUGGACGGCCCUAGGGAACCCCGCUCAAAGUCACGGUGCGGCGGGUUCCCGUGGAUGGGGCGCCCCUUCCUGCCCCCCUCGACCCCCUCAGAGCCGCCGACCCCCUCAGCGCCUCCCUCGCCUUCAAGUACAAUGCAGGAGUGAUGGAAACAGCCUGGCCCGGUUACUCCCCAGCCUCCCCCUACCCUCCCCAUUACCUCGGAUCCUCCCUCCCCGCCUGCCCCGCAGCCGCCCACCACUCCCACCUCACGCCCACCCUACCGCCCACCUCGCAGCGGGGCGCCCCCACACAGGAGGCGGCGGCGGCGGCGGCGGCGGCGGCGGCGGCAGCGGCAGCAGCGUCUAGUAACCAUCUAAGUUGUAAGUGAAGAAUUUGAAAGUUAGUUUGUUAGUUGAAAAAUAACGAUUAAAUUUAGUCUUUUGAGUUAAGUUAGGUUACGUUA